AUCUCACCAACGACGUGAUGAACUGAACCGAACUUCCCUUCUCUGACGAAAAGUAGUUGUCUUUGACGGAGACGCAAGAUCGCAUUCUGGUUCGGAGAGCAACCCAAUCGAACAACGACCGCCAGAGCGAGAGAGAGAGAGAGAGAGAUGGCUCUUGUUUUCGCUCCCAGAUCGGUAUUUCUGUCCACGAUCCUCUGCGUCGUCGCCGUCGCCGUCGUCACUUCCGAAUCGGUGCGUUCGAGCCCCGCCGCCUCCGCCGCCGGUAAGAGGUCGGCGUACGAAAUCCUCGGGGACUACAACUUCCCCGCCGGGAUCCUCCCGAUCGGCGUCAACGGCUACGAUCUCGACGAGCCGACCGGCAAGUUCGCCGCCUACUUCAACAAGACCUGCAGCUUCUCCCUCGAGGGGUCGUACCAGCUACAGUACAAGUCCACGAUCGGGGGGAUCAUCUCGAAGAACAGGCUCAAGAACCUGCAAGGCGUGAAGGUGAAGCUCCUGUUCGUGUGGGUGGACAUCGUGGAGGUCAGCCGCCGGGGCGACGAUCUGGAGUUCUCCGUCGGCAUCGCAGGUGCGGAUUUUCCUAUUGAUAACUUCGAGGAGUGCCCUCAGUGUGGAUGUGGAUUGAAUUGCGAUAACGGCGGGGCAAGGGAGAUGACGAGAAGAAGUAGUAGGCCGUUUGUUGAUUCUUAUUGAUAGAAAUCGAAUUGACAAGGAAACGUCGUUGUGCCGGAAAUUUUUUUUUCUUUUGGUUCUUUAUCAUUUGUGACUGAUGGAAAUCGAUCGAGCUCAGAAUGAUUAUAAAUUAUUGUCAAGCAUUUUCUCUUUUUCA